UGCACGACGGGAAAUGCUUUGAAUACUUGCGACAUGGCCGCUUGCAUUGAUUGCCAAGAUUGACAGCUCUAACCAUCGUCUUCUGUUGUCUCAGAGCAAGAGAGGGGAAAUAAAGAGGAUAGAUAACAACAAAAGCUCCUUGCAGUUUUGACAGUCUAACUUUAUAGAGAGAACGGGAUCCCCUCAUAUGGCCCGUGGACACAACAGCAGACUUUAGUUCUCUUUCGCUAGAUAGUGAUCCUUAUUUUAUAACAUAAUAGACAGACACCGGGAUACAGCGAAGACCUGCCUCACCCUUGCUCACUGACUUUGCCAAGGACUAUCUGCACGUGGAUUUCGGAGAAACUCGAUUGAGGUUUUGCAAAAAGUAAAGAAGGCUACAUUUCCGAACUGGAUCCAGGCAAACAGAUAUCGACUCUGAAGCAUAUGGUGCCAGUCAUUUUCAUGAGUUCAACAUCCACUAUUCAGUGAUCGCUGGGUGCUGGGGAUUUGGUAUUUCUGUUUGUAACCCCACGCGCUGACAUGGAGGGCUUCCUUCGUAGCAGCUUUUUACUGAGCAGAAUAAUGUCUUCCAAGCAAGCCACCUCUCCGUUUGCCUCCGUCGCCGACGGCGACGACACCAUGAGCCAGGAGCCGCUGUCCUGGGAGAAGGAGGAGAGCUCCGAGGCUCAUGGCACACCCCAGCUGCCCCUGCACAGCCUGCUGCACCCCAACUCCAAGCCCCACCCUGACGAGCUGCAGCCCCUCAGCAGCCUGCCCCCAGACACAGACUGGGACAGCCUGGUGUCAGCGCAGCAGCGCAUGGAGUCCGACAGCAAUAAAGUGUGCUCCCUUUACUCCUUCCGCAACACCUCCACCUCCCCCCACAAGCCGGAGGAGGGGGCGAGGGAGCGCGGCGACCUGCUGAGUGGCUCUGCCUUCGGAACGCCCGAGCGCCGCAAAGGCAGCCUGGCCGACGUGGUGGACUCUCUGAAGCAGAAGAAGCUGGAGGAGAUGACCAAGACGGAGCAGGACGACUCCUCUUGCAUGGAGAAGCUUCUGUCCAAAGACUGGAAAGAGAAGAUGGAGAGGCUGAACACCAGUGAGCUCCUGGCUGAAGUGAAAGGCACCCCAGAGAGCCUGGCGGAGAAGGAGCACCAGCUCAGCACCAUGAUCAGCCAGCUGAUCAGCCUGCGGGAGCAGCUCCUGGCGGCCCACGAGGAGCAGAAGAAGCUGGCCGCCUCUCAGAUGGAGAAGCAGAGGCAGCAGAUGGAGCUGGCCCGCCAGCAGCAGGAACAGAUCGCCAGACAACAGCAGCAGCUUCUGCAGCAGCAGCACAAAAUCAACCUCCUCCAGCAGCAGAUUCAGGUCCAGGGUCACAUGCCUCCGCUCAUGAUCCCCAUUUUUCCACACGACCAGCGUACGCUGGCAGCAGCCGCCGCUGCACAGCAAGGCUUCCUCUUCCCCCCGGGACUCUCCUACAAGCCAGGUGAUAACUACCCGGUGCAGUUCAUUCCAUCCACAAUGGCAGCUGCGGCCGCGUCAGGACUCAGCCCCCUCCAGCUCCAGGUAUGUGCUUCGACGGAGACGACUCGGGCCUCUGCCAAGCCCAGGGCAGUCAGACUGCAGAGCCAUGCUCAGAGAGCCCUGCUCAGAGAGCCCUGCUCAGAGAGCCCUGCUCAGAGAGCCCUGCUCAGAGAGCCCUGCUCAGAGAGCCCUGCUCAGAGAGCCCUGCUCAGAGAGCCCUGCUCAGAGAGCCCUGCUCAGAGAGCCCUGCUCAGAGAGCCCUGCUCAGAGAGCCCUGCUCAGAGAGUCCUGCUCAGAGCUCAGAGAGCCCUGCUCAGAGAGCCCUGCUCAGAGCUCAGAGAGCCCUGCUCAGAGAGCCCUGCUCAGAGCUCAGAGAGCCCUGCUCAGAGAGCCCUGCUCAGAGAGCCCUGCUCAGAGAGCCAUGCUCAGAGAGCCAUGCUCAGAGAGCCAUGCUCAGAGAGCCAUGCUCAGAGAGCCCUGCUCAGAGAGCCCUGCUCAGAGAGCCCUGCUCAGAGAGCCAUGCUCAGAGAGCCAUGCUCAGAGAGCCAUGCUCAGAGAGCCAUGCUCAGAUCUGCCAACAGACAGGCCCCCGAAUAA